AUGGAAACACAACCCUGCCCGCUGCUUCGUUCCCUCCUGUCAACGCUAGAAUUUGAUUUUACCGACCCCACUCAUCGGCAUCUGUGCUUGUUCCUCCACCUGCCCCAUUUCGACUCUCCAGGAGCACCAUUAGCCGCUUCCCUGACUGGAGGACUCGUUCACCAUCUCCAAAAGCCCGCCACUCGUUCUUUCCACAAACUGCUAUGCUAUCGGCGCUGCGGUGGCAGCACUACGGGUUGGGGACGCCGUCACGGACCCCUUCAUUCAUACCACUGCCGAAGACUAGAAGGCGGCAAUGUCCAGCACAACGUUGGCAUAGACAAUGCGCUUCGCUUAGAACAGUUAGCCACCAUUCCUCCGCGGUGGCUUCACACGCGUCACCGCUUGGAAGUUCACUUCUUCCACAACGGUCAUCUUCGAGUUGAAGUUUUGCCUACUGGCCACACAGCACAAGGAACGUCUACAGACUGCCAUUCAGGCCUGAAAUCAAUCAUGGCAACGUCAGAGCGUGCAGCUACUGUCCCACGCCGGGUUGUUGCGAGAGUUUCGGCUGCGCUGGUUACUGCCUCAACGCGAACUGUUUAUUCACGCUCCGAGUUCCCUGUCUCCUGGCCAAUUCUACCAGGCAGCAGGGUGUACUCAGUUGUGAAUAGGACUCCAGAGCAGGUCAACUGGAUGGUUUACACCGUACUAGCCUCUACUGGAGUUCAGUCGGGUCAAAGUCAAUGCAAAGAGUUGCAGUACAGCGCCCCCCCACUGCCGGAGGGAAAAUCACCCGCUGCCAAACCGUGCCAGUCAGCAAAUCUCCUUGCGACUGAGACGAUACUUGACUGCAACAUCAUCGAUUCCUCCUGGCAAGUGAUCUGCAUCUGGGGUCUGUGGUGGCUGUCUCGUGUGUCUACGGCUAGUUGA